AUGGCGACGGCGCUCGAAUACCUCAAGGGUAUGGUCUUUCCAUUGCCGUUCAUGGGCGCGAGCGCGUUCUUCUUCGGGCUUACUUUUCUGAAAAACCCGCUCCUACCGCUCCGCGACCUCGAGGCAUUCAAGGAAAAGGCCUUCGCCAACCUGUGGCUCACGUUUGGGCCCAUGUGCGCGGACGACACGCCCGAGAGUCUCCCACCUCUGCUCGCCCAAAGCAAGGGCGUGAUUCUCGACGUGGGCCCCGGCUCCGGGGAACAGGUCCACCGCUUCACACACCCGGAGAACAUCACGGCCAUCUACGGCGUCGAGCCGGGCAUCUCGCUGCACGACAAGUUGAGAGAGAAAGCCCGCGCGGCCGGACUGGGCGACAAGUAUCACGUCCUGGCCGCGACCGCGGACCUGGACGCCAUGAUCCCGGCGUUGAUCAAGGCCGGCUUGGUCCAGGAGGGCAAGACGUCGUCGACAGAUCUCCAACUCUUCGACGAGAUUGUCUGUCUGCGUGUCCUGUGCGGCGUGCCGGACCAGGCGGCCAGUGUGGCGGAUUUGUAUAGCUUGCUCAAGCCCGGCGGGCGGUUCGUCAUUUGCGAGCACGUGUUGAACACGGGUCACUGGGUUGCGCGGCUGGCGCAGCAGUUUUACAUGUUGUUGGGGUGGAAGCAGUUGAUGGGUGGGUGUUGUUUGACCAGGAACACCAUGGAUACGUUCUGGAAGGUGGCCAACGCCAGGGAUGGAGGCUGGGCUAACGUUGAGGUGCAACAGGCUGAUGAGUUGAGCCCGGUUGUUCAUGUGGUGGGUGUUUUGACCAAGAAGUCGUGA